AUGUCUCCUCAUACCCAGCUUUCAUCACAUUUUUUCGGGGAUCUCCUCGAUUCGAUAAUCGUUGAUGUUGCCUCUGAGUGUCAUCGGAUAGCUAGGCUGGGUCUUGAUCGCAAUUUGGAGGAAGAGGAAGAAGAAUUGAGGUUGUCAGCACAAGCUCGUGUUACAGUAGCUGAUCCUAGUAAUAGUGGUGAAAUCAAUGGCAAGUAUGUGGUAGACAUAUUUGGACAAACACAUCCAAGUGUUGCAAAUGAAGUGUUUGACUGCAUGAAUUGUGGGAGACCAAUUGUUGCUGGGAGAUUUGCUCCUCAUUUGGAGAAGUGCAUGGGAAAGGGUAGGAAGGCUCGUGUCAAGGCCACAAGAAGUAGCACAGCCGCACAGAACCGGUACUCACGAGGCAGUCCUGUUUCUGCAUAUUCUCCUUAUUCAAAUCCCACCAGCACAAACAGGUUAUCAAAUGGAACAUACAGUCACACAGUUGAAGAGUAUUCAAAUGGAACAUGUGAAGAGCCAUGA